GUGUGUUUUUUAAACAAACAUAGUUUGUCUGACAUGUUGCGUCACAAGGAGCGGUGGCAACCCCCCGCCUCACAGUUCUUAUCUACAUCUCUCUCUGUCAUUCCAUACUCUGGUUACCAAACUCUGACAUGCAAAGCAGGACGGAGGAAAAUCUUUCCGUUGAAACGUGUGACCUCACACCGGUGCUCUGCUCGGGUCAGUUUCAUUCACACCUCCUGAAGGUGUUACGGGAGGUGGCCAGGGGUGUUGAUGUCAGUCACAGUUUAAAAAGACCAAACGGAGGGAAGUUGGAGCGCACAUCAGCAGGGACGCCCUGAACUUCUGAUCUGGUCAGCUGCACUUCAAACUAACUUCUUCUAAACGAGAUGGCUCCAUCAUCGUUGAUAACUGGGCUUCUCUUGCUCAGCCUGACUGGAUCACGUGGACUCAGAGACUUUCCAAAACACUUUGUGGUUGCAAAAAGAAAUUCUGCAAGUCCAGUCGCACUGACCUGCAACAGAAUGACCAGUGGGCCCGUGACGUGGAAGCUGCAUGGGGAAGUUGUAGAUGAGUACUAUGCUUUACAGGAUGGACAGAAUCUGAUCUUGUCUGAAGUACACGCACCCAUGUUGGGGGAGUACAGCUGCUGGAAAGGAACGGAGAAGUUAUCAUCAACCUUUCUGUUGAUGGAGGCUGACGAGGAAGAUGAGAUAGAUUCCUUCCUCAGAUGUCGUGCAAAGUCCUACGACUGUAGCUUCAGCUGCAUGUGGACCGGCGGCAAAUACACAGCUGUGCGCCUCGGACUUGGCCACGAAUGCACUGAUGGUCAGAAAUCGUGUAAGUGGGUGAGCAGCAGCGACCAGCAGCAGAACCAGUUUGUUCUGACCCACUCGCGCUCCCCUUACGCUGAGGAAAGCACCGAGCUCGAAGUCACCGUUGAAGCCAUCGAAAACUUCCACUUCCUCAAGAGAACCAAGCUGUUAUUUCUCAGAGACAUCGUGAUACCUGACAGUCCGCAAAUCAUCAGGUGUGAGGAGGUGGAUCAGCACUUAAAUGUGACCGUUGACCCACCAUCCAGCUGGUCGACUCCUCACACCUUCUUCAGCCUGGAGCACGAGAUCGAGUACAUGUUCAGAGAUGAUGGCAGGACCGAACGCUCUUCAUCCACCCUGAUACCGAAGAGCAUCAGCAGGCUGAGGGUUCGCUCCAGAGACCCACUGGUCCUGUCGGCCUGGAGUCAGUGGACUCCAUGGAAAAAUGUAACCCACUGAACCAAUAAGAGGUCACUGCUGUCAGCUUCCCCACUUUCUCAGCGUGGCUUCUUAAUGCCGAACGUAUAUAAGGCACAUAUUUAAAAGAACUGUUCCCUUUUAGAUUUCUUUACAACGGAUCAGUAAAACACUUAUUUAUUUAUUUAUUUAAUUAUUUAUUUACUCGACCUGUUAGCGUAUAAAACUUGUAAUUUGUCACCUUAUAUAUUUAUUUAUACCUUAUUAGACCCUGAAAAUCCCUAAAGAGGGGUCAGAAGAUUUAAGCAGUAUCUCAGACCCAAACGAUGACAACUUUUGUCUCUGCAGCAAAAAAUACAUCUAAGUGGGAAAUUCCAUUUUGCUUAAAGACAUUUAUACGCUAGUAUCGACUUAUUUCACAUGAAUCAGACUCACAUUUGACCUGUAGGAGUUUGUUUCAGUUUGACCUUCAGAGUGUCCGUGCUUUAUACGUGUGUGUGUGUGUGUGUGUGUGCUCGCAUGCCAGCACACUGGUUUCACAAAAACCACUGACUAUUAAAAGAGCUUUCUGUUUCCUUCCUUAUACGUGUUCCUUCUUGAGCUGUGUGUCGCUUGUGUCGUGUGAAAAACAAAAUUGUUCUCUUUGAACUUAUUGAUCUUUCAGGGAGGUUUCAAAUAUUAUUUAAAUGUUCUUUUGGUCAAAAUAUUACGGCUUCUGACAAAGAAAAAAAGUAAUAAAGUCUAUCACGUCCACAAUAGAUCUGUUUGAAAAUCAGAAUUAAUUUGUUUCAAUGAAGUUACUAGUCACGAGUUUUCUGAGGUUUAAAUGAUAAACAUGCGUUUUAUAAAAAUUCCUCUAAGUAUAUUAUUAAUUUAUUUUUAGUGGUUUGCCAUAAAAACUCUAAUGAAAUCCUUCCUAUAAGC